UAUACACCCAUCACUCCCCACUCCCUCUUCAUCAGCAGCCACCAUUCACUCACCACCACUGCUCUAGUCUAGAGAGAGAAUUUGUAGCGAUUUGUGUUAGAGAGAGAGAGAGAGAGAUGGAGGGCAAGGAGGAGGAUGUGAGAUUGGGAGCCAACAAGUUCACAGAGAGGCAACCGAUCGGGACAGCGGCACAGGGCGGAGACAAGGACUACAAGGAGCCACCUCCGGCGCCGCUGUUCGAACCAAGCGAGCUGACUUCGUGGUCGUUCUACAGAGCUGGGAUCGCGGAGUUCAUGGCCACUUUUCUCUUCCUAUACAUCACCAUUUUGACGGUGAUGGGUGUAGUUCAGUCCAAAACCAAGUGCUCAACGGUCGGAAUUCAAGGCAUCGCAUGGUCCUUCGGCGGCAUGAUCUUCGCCCUCGUCUACUGCACUGCCGGCAUCUCAGGGGGGCAUAUAAACCCGGCGGUGACGUUUGGGCUGCUAUUGGCUCGGAAAUUGUCGUUGACGAGGGCGGUGUUUUACAUGGUGAUGCAGUGCCUUGGUGCGAUAUGCGGAGCUGCUGUGGUGAAGGGCUUCCAAAGCAGCAGCAAGUACGUGAUGCUUGGUGGUGGGGCCAACGUUGUUAACCCUGGUUACACCAAAGGCGAUGGCCUUGGUGCUGAGAUCGUCGGUACCUUUGUCCUUGUUUACACCGUCUUCUCCGCCACUGACGCCAAGCGUAGUGCCAGAGACUCCCACGUCCCUAUUUUGGCACCAUUGCCAAUUGGGUUCGCGGUAUUCUUGGUGCACUUGGCCACCAUUCCCAUAACUGGUACAGGUAUCAACCCAGCAAGGAGUCUGGGUGCAGCCAUUGUCUACAACAAGGACCACGCAUGGGAUGACCAUUGGAUUUUUUGGGUGGGACCAUUUAUUGGAGCAGCACUCGCAGCUUUGUAUCACCAGGUCGUGAUCAGAGCAAUUCCCUUCAAGUCCAAAUGAUGAUCAUGAUCAUAUUUGGAUUCACAUGCUUUCAUUUCUAGCCGUUGAUUAUCCUCUUUUGUUUUUUCGUUUUUUCUUUUUAAUGUGGUUUUGUGUAUGUAUUGGAUCUCUAGAGGAUGUAGUAUGUUAUGGAAAAGAGCUUUUGCUGCUGUUUGAUAUGUAUGGUCCAAGUAGGGCCCAAUCAAAAGUCGAUGGAUGGGGUUAUUGGAUCAUCUUGUGUUGUAUAUGUAUGUGGGGCUGGCAAUGGCAGUGCAAUUUGAAAUUGGUCAUAAUAAUGAGAGCAAACCGACCAAACCUAGUCUUUCAUAUCA